CUUUGAGUCUUUUGCAAACUCUUAACAGCUGAUCUUUCCAAGUUGCUUAUCUUAGAGUUUUGACCACAUGUUUUCUGCAUCCCCUGCAUAGUGUGGGGUGAAAUGAAAACAAGAGUUUAUGCAGCUUUUGCUGAGAUACUCCUAUACAAAGAUCUGAUUUGGCUAAUCAUGAGUCUCUGUAGAGCUUCCAUAAUUGCCAGUGACCUCCUAGGUCAGUUUAUUUGGACCUUCAUGUCUUUGUGAGCUCAGUAGAACAUUUUCACUUCAUUGACUGAACAAGUAAUAUGAAAUAUAAUGGCGUCUGCUGUGUUCUUUGGUCUUCAUGAUGAUGUUUGAUAUCUAGUGUUCUUGAGCAAACCUCACAGAACAUCAAGCUUUAUAUUGACAUUAAAUUACACACACGUCUAAAAAUGGAUUUCAUUAAGGGAUAUUAAAGUACACCACAUGACUUUGUAUUUGUAAAAAGUUUUAAAAUGAUCCUUAUUUUUUCUUUCACUUCACAGUAACGCACUACUGUGUGUUGUAACCUUGACAAAAUACUUGACACAAUGUGAAAAAGUAAAAUAGGUGUUGACGCUUUUAUGAGCUGGGGUAAAUCUCUCAUGUUUUGAUAACAAAACUGACUUUUGAAAUCAUAUAGAGUGGAUCUGCAGUGUUUUUGAGAAAAUGGAGGCGUUAGGACCCAGGCAUGGCUGGCAGGCAGACAGUGGCGUGUGUGUCUGAUGGCAAAAGAGGAAAAAACUUCAGCAUGCACCAUUACACAAAACAAUGUGUGACAGUCACUGCCAUACACAGCACAGGACAGGACAGGACAGAAGAGGGGUGAGGAAAGAGGAGAGUAAUUUCCCACCUAAACCGUCAUGGAAUCGUAUUUUUUAUAUUUUUCUUUGUGUUAUAAAUUGUAAAGCAGUUCUAGUGCCUGUCUAUGGAAAAAACAAACUUUAGAAAGUUUCACAUUUUUUAAACUGAGAUGGAUAUAUAAUUUAUAUACUUUUGAUUAAAAAAGAUAAAGCAUCAAUUUUAUUUACUUUUGCAAAAAAGAAAAAGAAACAUACAGCCUUGAACUCAAAGCAACUGGUUUAAACAACAAACUGAGUGAACCAGGGUGACUCCAAGCAGGGCCACAGCUCAGCUGGACGAUAAUGGAUGAGGACAGACUGAAAUCGGGGGAACUGAUGGAAGUAAAGGUGGAUGAGGGUCUGGAUUUCACCCACCAUAAUUCACAAUCCCAGAUUGAGGGCAGGGAUCCCAACAGAGUCAACAGCAAUCUAAAGGUCAUGUUUGAGGACGUGAUUGCAGAGCCCCCUUCAGUGCGGAGCUUCGAUAAAGUCUGGCUCUGGAGUCACGCCCUGUUCGAGGUGUCCAGACUGUGGGGAUACCGCUUCAUCUCUCUGGUGCUGGCGGUGCCGGUGUCACUGGCUGCAGGGCUGCUCUUUGCUGUUCUCAGCUGCCUCCACAUCUGGCUGAUCAUGCCCGGCGUGCGGCUUCUUCUCAUCAAUAUGCAGUGGAUCCAGACUGUGUGGGCCAGCAUACAGAACAUUUUUAUCAGUCCUUUCUGUACCAGUUUUGGAAAGUGUUGUGGUCAAAUUGUUAUCCGCCUGGCGAGUGCUGAUAACAGAUAGAGCUAGUUAUUUAGUCAGUGUAAGCAACUGAGCAGAAGGUAUAAAGGAAAGACAAGCAGUGAAGGAUUGCUAACUGCUGACAGGGAUCUUGUAUCAUUUGUUAUUAUUUUGUAUUUUUAUGCAUCUCUCAUGUUUUUUGGCAUACUGACACAUUCAUCAACUUUUCCAUUUUGUAAUGACAUUGACGUAUGGACCCUCUAAGUCACUUCAGCAGCACCGCACAGGAGCAGCUGAUUUGUGUAUUUCACUGCCACACAUACAAAAUGAAAAUCCACCGGAAGCACAUUUUAAUAAAAAAUCAUAAUUUUCUAAAUUGCUUGGACAUAAACUGUGCUACGCGGAGACACUAUAAAGAAAAAUAUUUUGGUUUAAACGUUUAACAGAA